AUGCCGGGUGGCCUGCAUGUGCCACAGUGCAAGUGUUCUCACGACUCAAAAUCUAGUUUCAGAAAAGAGCUUUACCCCAUCCCCAAACAUCUGAAGAACUUGAGCUUCCCCAUCUCCUGCCAUAUAAGGACCAGCGGCCAGCUCCAGCUUGGCCUCAAGCCUUUGUCACUCUCCCUGGCCCUGAAAAGGACAGCCAUCCCAACUCAUCCCAAAGCCAUGGCUUCCUGCUCUCCCAAGGUGACCUCGGAAUGUUCUAUCCAACACAGCAUCUUUAGUUAUGAGUUAACAACAUAUCCUGAAAGAGCCCAUGACACAUCCCUUGCAGAGCCAGCUGGGGCUGUUCUCAUACACCAAGAAGCUAUGCCUGCGGAUCAGGUGACAUCUACAGCAAGCUCUCAGCUGACAGGUGACAAUGAUAGCGCCGAGCCAUUACUCCCUGAUUGCCAGAAGACAACAGUCAUGGAAAGCAAGGUGACAGUCUCCAAUGAAGGCAGCCAGAUAAACACCCCCUGUGGUAAUCAGCUAGCAACACCUCUAGAAGGCCAGGAGAUGAGCUCCAGUGAUGACAAAACCUCAUGUGAGGGCAGACCAAACACUUCCUGGGGUGACUCGGCCUCCAGGGUUGACCAGACUUACCACUGGCAUCAGAAGAUGACCCUCCAUAGUGACCAGAAUGUCAGUGGGAGUCAGAUGAGAAGUGCUGGUGGUGACCAGACCAUCUAUAGACAUCAGGUGACAACCUAUGGUGACCAAAAUGUCAGUGGAAGUCAGAUGAGAAGUGCUGGUGGUGACCAGACCAUCUAUAGACAUCAGGUGACAACCUAUGGUGACCAAAAUGUCAGUGGAAGUCAGAUGAGAAGUGCUGGUGGUGACCAGACCAUCUAUAGACAUCAGGUGACAACCUAUGGUGACCAAAAUGUCAGUGGAAGUCAGAUGAGAAGUGCUGGUGGUGACCAGACUAUCUAUAGACAUCAGGUGACAAAGUACGGUGACCAGAAUGUCUACAGAGAGAAGAUGAAAACUCUCAGUGGUGGUCAGACCUAUGAUAAGGGUCAAAUGACAUUCUCCAGUGGUAGCCAGCCUUUCUAUGGAAGUCAGAUGACAAGUCCCAAUGGGGACCUGAUCAUUUCUGCAGGUCAGACCAUACCACCUGACAUCAACCAGACUCUCUAUGGGAGUCAGAUGGCAUCCCUCUAUGGCAACCAAACUCUCUAUGGUGGUCAAAUGACAAGCCCCAAUGAUGACCAGACCUUCCAUGAGGGUCAGACAAUGCCCCCCCUUGGUAACCAAGUGGACUAUAGAAGUCAGAUGACAGCCGACAGUGAUGACCACACCUACUAUGGGAACCAGAUGACAUCCCAUAAUGGUAACCAGACUCUCUAUGGGGAUCAAAUAUCAAUGCUAGAUAGUAACAUGGCCUUUUUUGAAGGCCACACAACAACCCCCAACAGUUACCCACAGAUGAUGGCGACCCACAAUGGUUACCCAAGAUUGGGAGGCAUCCAGAUUCUGGAAAGCCCCAACGGUUACCUGACCUUCCCUGGCACGCAGAUGAUGGCAACCAACAAUGGUGAACCGACCAUCCGUGGCACCCAGAUGAUGGAAACCUCCAAUGGUGACCCGAACUUUUGUGGCACGCAGAUGAUGGAAAUGUCCAAUGGUGAUCCAACCUUCUGUGGCAUGCAAAUGAUGGCAACCUCCAAUGGUGACCAGGCCUUCUCUGUCAGGCAGAUGAUGGCAACUCCCAAUGGUGAUGCAACCUUCCAUGCUAUGCAUAUGGCAGCCCUAAACGGUGAACAAACCUUCCAUGGAACGCAGAUAGAAACACCAAAGGAUGACCUUGCUUUUAGCAGCAGGCAGAUGGCAAUACCCAAUGGUGACCUGACCCUCAGUGACAUGCAGAUGGCAACCCCCAAUUCUGACCUAACAUUCGGUGGCAUGCAGAUGAAAAACCCCAACGAUGACCAGACCUUCAGUAGCAUGCAGGUGGCAAGCCCCAAUGGUGACCCGACCUUCGGUGGCAUGCAGAUAGCAAUUCCCAAUGGUGACCGAACCUUCAGUGGCAUGCAGAUGGCAAGCCCCAAUGGCGACCCGACCUUCGGUGGCAUGCAGAUGGCAACCCCCAAUGGUGACCGAACCUUCAGUGGCAUGCAGAUGGCAACCCCCAAUGGUGACCUGACCUUCAGUGACAUGCAGAUAGCAAUUCCCAAUGGUGACCGAACCUUUGGUGGCAUGCAGAUGGCAACCCCGAAUGGUGACCCGACCUUCGGUGGCAUGCAGAUGGCAACCCCCAAUGCUGACGCGACCUUUUGUGGCAUGCAGAUGGCAACCCCCAAUGGUGACCCGACCUUCGGUGACAUGCAGAUGGCAACCCCCAAUGCUGACGUGACCUUUGGUGGCAUGCAGAUGGCAACCCCCAAUGGUGACCCGACCUUCGGUGACAUGCAGAUGGCAAUUCCCAAUGGUGACCCGACCUUCGGUGACAUGCAGAUGGCAAUUCCCAAUGGUGACCAGUCCUUCGCUGGCAUGGAGAUGGCAACCCCAAAUGGCGACCCGACCUUCGGUGGCAUGCAGAUGGCAACCCCCAAUGCUGACACGACCUUCGGUGGCAUGCAGAUGGCAAACCCCAGUGGUUGCCAGACCUAUAAUACACGCAAGAAGAGGUCACCUAUGUUUCAACAGAUAUCCCCUCAUAAUAUAUUAUUUCGCUCUCAAUAUUCCCGUUUGCCCCAGGGACAACCUCCAGAAUGCUCUUCAAGCUCUCCUUCGCUUCCGGGUAGUCCCCCAGAUGAGAAUGGAAACCUCAGCACCCCGACCCAUCAGCUGAAGAAGAAACGGAAUCGCUACAUCUGCUCUCACAGGAGCUGUGACCGGUCUUGCUCAAGAUCGUCCCAUCUCCUCGGCCAUUUUCGCACACACACUGGAGAGAAACCCUAUGUAUGCAGGGAGCCCGGUUGCACUGCGAAAUUCUACCGCUCCGAUGAGCUCAACCGGCACCUGAUAAUACACACUGAGCUGCGGCCCUUCGAGUGUGACAUCUGCUCCAAGACCUUUGCAAGAGCAGACCACCUAACGCAGCAUCAGAGAGUGCACAGGUCCCUUCCACCCAGCACUGGCGCCGGUCCGUCCGUAAGGAAGCCUGCGCAGUGA